AUGGGAGCUAGAAGAUCUAGAAACAGGUCUGCAGUGCUUUUGGCUGCCGGUGCUUUAACAGCGCUGGUUUUGGGCGCCUUUUAUGUCUGGGGAAAAGGUACAACUUCGUCGUCGUCAUCAUCAAAUGUGAAUGAAAAGGACGAAAAUGCCGUUACUGUGUGUAUAGUUUUGACAGAUGAUAUGUAUGAGGACGAAGUGGAUUGGGAAAAACUUUUAUCGUUGCAAGCAGUGGUGGUCUUGCCACCGAAAACGACAGCCAGCCCGGCUGUUGCCCGAUUCCCAACCCACCAGCUAAUUCGCUGCGGUACCGAGGAAGGUGUCUGGUCCGUUGUAAGACACUUACGUAAAGACAUCGUGGUGGUGAGCCCGCUGAGUUUCAAUUCUGUACCCGCAGAUGUGCACAGAUACUCCGAGCUGGUCACAGAGCUUCCAUGA